AAAGUGCAGGCUAAUAUUACGUUUUAAAAACUCAAUUGUUUUAUUAAAAUCUUGUUUUGUCUAAUUUAAUUAUAAAUAUCUUUAACUUAAUGGAAAACCAGGAUUUAUUAGAAUGUCCCUAUGAGAAUAAUCAUCGUAUUUUAAGACAUCGCAUGCAAGUACACUUGGGAAAAUGUCGCCGGAAUCAUGCAAAUGUACCCAAAGUAACGUGUCCCUUUAAUGUUACUCAUGUGCUGAAUAAGCCGGAAUUAGAGUUUCACGUAAUGGUCUGCACGGAACGUAAAACAUUUGAGAAUUUUUGCAAUGUUGAUGUACCUGUAACUACACCUACUGUACCUCCACCUAUGCCUGUUUAUCAAAGUGAAGAAAAUUGGGACAAUGACGAUGCACCCACAUACAAUCCUCAGGAGUAUGUGUCUAACGCUUCAGUUAUACGUAAUAUACAUGGCGCUGCACCAGCUGAACGCAAGAAAUUUCGUCAACAGGAACGUUUACGUUUAUUAGGUAUAGUCGAUUAAAUUAAUGUUAAGCAUAAUGUAGUUUUAUUUUUUGUAUGUUUUAAUUUGUUCUUGUGUAAUUGUAAAAAUAUUUUAAAUCAGUUUAUAUAUCAAUUUAAAUAGUAUACAUGUAUUUUUUAUUCAAAAUAUUUUAUGACUUGGCAAACAAAUUAAGUGAUAUUUGCAUUAAAUAAAAUGUUAAAUAUAUUCAAGCAGA